AUGUCGGAAGUGGAUAAGGCUCAACUGGCAGCGAUCAAUAAAGACGUGCAGGCGAAUGACACGAUUUUUGGAAAAAUUAUAAGAAAAGAGAUUCCGGCGAAAGUGAUUUUCGAGGAUGAUGAGGCGCUCGCAUUCCACGACGUGACCCCACAGGCACCAAUUCACUUCUUGGUGAUUCCGAAACGUCGUAUCGAUAUGCUCGAGAAUGCGAUCGACUCGGAUGCGGCACUCAUCGGAAAACUUAUGGUCACUGCUGCAAAGGUCGCCAAAUCGCUCAACAUGGCCGACGGCUACCGUGUCGUCGUCAACAACGGAAAAGACGGAUGUCAAUCGGUGUUCCAUCUUCAUCUCCACGUUUUGGGCGGUCGUCAACUUCAAUGGCCACCGGGAUAA